AUGGCUGCCGCGAAGAAGCAAUCGCCUGCGAAGGCGGCUGCCGCCAAAAAGGCGAAAGCAACGUCGUCUCCUGAACCUGGUCCUUCGACAAGAUCUUCGCCUCGCAAAAAAGCCGCCUCUCCUGCGAAGAAAGCUUCGUCUCCUGCAAAGAAGGCUGCCUCUCCCGCAAAGAAAACAGCUUCACCUGCAAGAAAAGCUGCAUCACCGGCCAAGAAAGCUGCCUCGCCCGCAAAGAGAGCUGCAUCACCAGUCAAGAAGGCCACCGCCACCAAAGUUCCCAUGGUAGAAUAUACAGAAGCAAGAUUAGUCGAUGGGUAUUGUGGUACCAAUGGCGGCAGUUUUUUGAUUCGGAGUGUGACGCCAGCUGAGACGAAGUCCGCGCCGAGCAAAGUCACCAAGACCACCAAAGCAAAGGCCAAAUCGACCACAAGCCCCAACAAAGACGUUCUCAAGAAGCGCGGCCUGCUCGACGAAGACGACGAUAACGAUGACUCUACGCAGACCACCGAGGAGGUCCUCGCCAUGAUCGAUGGUCGGAAGCGUACGAAGUGGGACAAGAUCAUGGUCGAUCUGCUCAAGCGCUGGGAGGACCGCGAAUCCGGCAACCUUGUCGAAGUCGAGGAAGUGCAUGCCCCGUUUGAGGAAGAAGCCCGACUCUCGCAGUUGGGUCAACCGCUCAAUUGCCAUGCCAAGAUCUACUGGCGAUUCCACCAUGAGCUCAGGCCGAUAUUUCCCAUGCAGGAUGAAUUCGAUGAGAUUGUGGCAGGUCUGCCGCAUCAGUCAAUCGAGCAGGCUGACGUGAAGCGAAAGUCUCCUUCGAAAGGUGCUGCUAUCAAGCGAUCUCCAUCAAAGAGCCCGGCCAAGUCUCCCACUCGUGCUCACCACGAGCCGAUCACCAUGACUCGACCCAUGCGCAGAAGUUCCAGCAAGUCGCCCGUCAAGGAAACCGCGCCGCGAAGUCCCUCAAAGGGCAUAAAGACCGCCGAAGGCCUCGCAGGAAUGCUGGACGAGUACGAAGAACUGACCAAGGACGGCUCGUCUGGGUCGCUCCUCAUGAAAGCGACCGAGCAGCAAGCAUACGAAGCGACGCUGGAGAACCUCGACACUCCUGAGCCGCCUACAGGUCUUCCGAUCACCGAACAGCAAUGGAGACUCGCCUGGUUCCAUGGUGUCCGACGCGCUGGACAGGUCGUUCACGACUCCGACUCGGCAGACGAUGAUGCCGGUCCCUCGACCGGUCGCUCAAAAGUUCGGUCCAGCCUGACAGCUACCAGGCCGAGUAAGACCCAACUGAAGGACCUGCAGCGCCAGUACAAGGCCCAGCCGCCUUCAAAGUUGUUCGGCCCAACGAACAAGAAACCUAUAGCGAAGGGCAACUUUGAAUCUCCAGGCCGCCGACUUCACGGACAGUACAACCCCGUGCCAGUCCCGCCUCCAUACCGAAUGCCGAAGAAGCACGCCAAUGAAUUCAAGUCUCCCACCUCCGCCGAAAAGACCAUGGCCACCGCUCGUUCCCCAACCGCCUCUCCCGGCAAGCAGCAGACUCCCUCGCGAAGCACCGCAGCCACUACAGUGAAACCCGUCCCAACCCUUCAACCUGUCAGGACCAGCACUCUUCCCAAUCCUCCACUUGUUGAUGGCCGUGGUCCCGUCAUCUCAGUCAACAAUCCUCCGUACCUCCCCGGAACCGACAAACCCAACCCGUUUUUCGAAUACAUGCCAGCGCCGGAAGUCUGGCACCGCCGCAUGCCGAACUUCUUCUCCUUCGGCGAGACGCCGUAUAUGGAGCAGGUGAUGAGCGAUCAGAUCAACGAGGACCUUGCUCGUAACCACGACGAACCCCGCCCCUCCGUACCAGACGCCACACCAGUCAGCGCCGGCUUCAUCGAUCGCUUCAAGUCGGGCGUCACGACCGCCGCCUCGGCCGUCCUAGGCCGUAGUGCAUCUGCUAGCGCUGCGCCGGAGAGUCCUGCUAAGGAAAAGAGCCACAAGAAGGCACCCGCGGCGUUGAGGCCGACGAUGUGGGCGUUGCCAUAUGUGAGCGAUGAGGAGGUCUGGAAGCUUGUGGAGAAGGAUUCGCACGGACCACGGGCAGGUGAGACGGAUGAGGAGAUGGAAGAGGUGCCGUCGCCGAGGAAGAGGAAGGCGGCUGCGGCGCAUGCUGGGAGGGCGAAGAGGAGUCGGGGUUGA